AUGAAGCUGAGAUACGUUGAAGAGAACAAAGGUGUGAUACCCGCUCUCCAUUUCGCGGCUCGGGUGUCCGAUGUUGACGUUUGUCGACGCCUCGUGGAGCAGGGCGCCGACGUCAUGGAGAAAUACGGCGUUCAAGACGCCACUCCCCUGCACUACGCCGCCAUGAACGCAGCCAAUGGCUAUAGUCUGAUCGACUUCUUCCUUGAAAAAGGGUGCGACAUUCAAGCAAGAGAUGCUCGUCAUGAUCGAGCAAUCGAAUAUGCCAUCCGAGUUGGAAACUACAAGCUUGCAAUGCAAAUACAUAUGCACUUCCGGAAACGCUAUUUUGGAGAAGCAACUAUUGUUGGUGCUCUACAAAUUGCCAUUUUAAAUAAAAGCUUGGAUUUCGCGAAAUUCGUCUACAAUAAUAAGAGACAAGAACUAUUGAGCGAACGACCAUGUUAUUUUAGCAUCCUGGAAAUGGCGUGUGUAGAUGGAGAUCUGGAGAUGUUCAAGUGGCUGCUGGAAGAAGUCAAAAUUGACGUCAACCAGUUCGAGGAUAAAGACUGGAAAUACCAGAUUCUUGAAACCGUUGCCAGGAACGAGUCAUGUGAAACUAGUGAGAUUAUUCGAUACUUGUCCUCAAGGUUCGAAUUCACCGCUGAUGAACAAAGCAAGGCCUAUAGGGAUGCUUUUUAUUAUAAAAUAGUAAAUGAAGAUCAUCAAAUCUUCUUUGCCAAAGACGCAGAAGAGUUGUUCAAGGGAUUUGCCGACACAAAGAUCCAAUAUGAAGGCGUUAAUUGGCUGCAGUAUUGUGUGUCAUGGGGCAAUCUAGAUGCUGCGAAAUUUGUGCAUGGAAAAGACGGAGAACUCAUCAAUGAGAUCGAUGAAAAGGGAGCGACGAUUCUCCAUCGCGCAGCGAGGCAUGGAAAAGUCGAAAUGUGUCAGUGGAUGAUUGACCAGGGCCAAGACAUCAACGCCUUGAACCAAAAAACCGGUGCCAACUUCCUCCAUUAUGCUGCUCAGAACCCCGCCGAUGGGAAAAACAUCAUCAAAACAUUUGGAGAGAACCUUCGUGGAUACGUGAACCAAAGAGACGUAAAUGACUUCACUCCACUUCAUUUUGCCAUGCUCGACGAAGAAUAUUUCGAAAAGAGUGUUGCAGAGGCUUUGCUUGAACUUGGAGCCGAUUUGAGCGCGAAAAAGGAAGGUCACAAUUUGCUUCACUUGUGCAUUGUUACGGGCGAUUUGGAACGUGUCAUAUUCGUGCACUUCAAAGACAAAAAUCUGAUCAAGGAAAGGGGAGGGGGAGGAAAAACCACACUUCACAUUGCUGCUGACCACUACCAUUAUGGAGAUAUAUGCGCAUGGCUUGUGGAAGAGGGGUUGGAUCCCGAAGAAGUCACCGUCGGAGGAAAAACAGUGCUUGAAUCAACUUCCAAUGAGAACGCCAAGUGGUUCCUCAAUGCAAUCAAGAAAUAUACUUUUUUCUAG